AUGGGACUAUGUAAUUUUAAUUCAUUUGAUUGUUAUUUUAUUUUGAGGUUCUGGAGGGAUUUGAUUGCUAUUUUAAUUGUGUUUAUUUUCCUUGGGGAUUGUAAGUUUAAAUCUAAUUGCAAAUAUCACCACCCUAAGAAUCGGAAUGUGAAGUCACCCCCAUGUGCUCUCAGCGACAAGGGCCUUCCUCUGAGACCUGAGCAGAAUAUAUGUUCACAUUAUAGUCUAUAUGGCAUUUGCAAGUUCGGGCUGGCUUGUAAAUUUGACCAUCCGAUAGAUCCACCUUCUUCACCUAUGACUGGAGUUGAUCAGCAUUCUUCCUAUGGUAUCUCUGUAACUACAGAAAAUGCUGGAGUGGCUGGGAGUGGAAGUGGAAGUGGAAGUGAUGCUACCCUGCAGCAGCCUGAGUAAAAAUUUUUGUAUUAAAGGCCCUAGCUUUUAGGAAUCACAGAACCAAGGAUUUGUAAUUUUAUAUUUAUUAAUAUAACCAAAAAAAACUUGUGGGAUUUAUUUUGUAGCUUUUUAAU